UUUUCAUUUCCAGAGCUGCUCACCCAGCUUCCCCAAUCUCUGGUCUAUUCAGUUUCUUCAUUUCUUGUCUUGUCUAUGAGUUACUGGGGUUUUAGGAAUGAAAUUAUUCUAUACCAGGAUAAGCUAGGAUUGGAGGGUGAGUGAGAGGGGGGGUGGGGUUAAGGGAAUGGAGUAGUAAGGGAAAGGAAGGUUCAUGUUACCCUGAAAACUUAAAAUAGCUGGGGCCUGGGGCACGCUGGAACAGAAGUGUGCACUGGCUCUUAGCACUCAGGAAAGUUGGGGAAGUUGGGAGAUGGACAUCCAGCCCACUUCUCCCAGGCACACACGUGGUGGGACACAUUAUACCACCUGAAGAGGGGGUCACAUCUCUACUGCCCACAGAUUCCCAGGAGGAACGCCAUAUUCACAGGAAAAUCUGAACCGUGCUGCCUUGAGCACUGCUUAGGAGCUGUAAACUCUGGGCUAGCCCCUCAGGGUAGAAGGAUGGGUAUGGGUUUGAGGAACUGGUGGGGAAGUUCAUCAGUCUCCUGGGCUUUUUUCUGGACCUCCAUGGAAUCUUUGUUCAUAAGCCCUUCAAAAGAUCUGUUUAACCAACUCUGUUCUAAAGCCUCCCCUUCAAUGACUGCCCCUACUUGGAGGGACAGGAAGAAGAGAGGGAAGAAUGGCAGGGAUUAGAUUUCAUAGUGGGGUCCAACAUCUUGCAGGAUGACAGAAAAGGAGGUGCUGGAGUCCCCUAAGCCCUCCUUCCCAGCAGAGACUCGGCAAAGUGGGGUAAGUCUGAGCUUCUGAGUGCUGCUUGUGGGGGGCACUGGAAAGCCAUUACUGCCCCUGAAGAAAAGUGCUUGGAUUGAUCUCACUGUGUGGCUCAUUUUUUAUUAGAGUCAUAGCCAACAUCUGCAGCCCCAGUACCCCUAAUCCUGGGGUGUGUUCCCUGCCUCAUGCUAGAAAAUUGUCCAGCUAGUAUUAGCCCCUUCUACUCUAGACACCAUGACAACCCUUUUAACACUGGGUUUCCUUCACUCCUCCCUCAGCUACAGAGGCUGAAGCAGUUAUUCGGGAAGGGGUCUACAGAGACAAAGGAGAUGGAGCUGCUCCCAGAGCCCCAGGCCAAUGGGGAGGCAGUGGGAGCUGGGGGUGGGCCUAUCUACUACAUCUAUGAGGAAGAAGAGGAGGAGGAGGAAGAGGAGGAGGAGCCGCCCCCAGAGCCUCCUAAGCUUGUCAACGAUAAGCCCCACAAGUUUAAAGAUCAUUUCUUCAAGAAGCCAAAGUUCUGUGAUGUCUGUGCCCGGAUGAUUGUGCUCAACAACAAAUUUGGGCUGCGCUGUAAGAACUGCAAAACCAACAUCCAUGAACACUGUCAGUCCUAUGUGGAGAUGCAGAGGUGCUUCGGCAAAAUCCCCCCAGGUUUCCAUCGGGCCUAUAGCUCCCCACUCUACAGUGACCAGCAGUACGCUUCUGUCAAAGAUCCCUCUGCUGCCAACCGCAAUGACCCUGUGUUUGAAACCCUGCGCACUGGGGUGAUCAUGGCAAACAAGGAACGGAAGAAGGGACAGGCAGAUAAGAAAAAUCCUCUAGCAGCCAUGAUGGAGGAGGAGCCAGAAUCAGCCAGACCAGAGGAAGGCAAACCACAGGAUGGAAACCCUACAGGGGAUAAGAAGGCUGAGAAGAAGACACCUGAUGACAAACACAAGCAGCCUGGAUUCCAGCAGUCUCAUUAUUUUGUGGCGCUCUAUCGGUUCAAAGCCCUGGAGAAGGAUGAUCUGGAUUUCCCGCCAGGAGAGAAGAUCACGGUCAUUGAUGACUCCAAUGAGGAGUGGUGGCGGGGGAAAAUCGGGGAGAAGGUCGGAUUUUUCCCUCCAAACUUCAUCAUUCGAGUCCGGGCUGGAGAACGUGUGCACCGCGUAACGAGAUCCUUCGUGGGGAACCGUGAGAUAGGGCAGAUCACACUCAAGAAGGACCAGAUCGUGGUGCAAAAAGGAGAUGAAGCUGGCGGCUACGUCAAGGUCUACACAGGCCGCAAGGUGGGGCUGUUCCCCACCGACUUCCUGGAGGAGAUUUAGGCGUGCCGGUGUCUGCAAGCUGGAGACACCCAAACACCCAACCCCCCUUCUGGGCAGGCCCAGGGGAGGUUGGGAAGGAAAAGGCAAAAGCAACUGGACCGCUGAGUGGGAUAGGGGUGGGCAGGCCCGCCAGUUCGUGACGGGGCUUCUGAGAAGGGGCUGGUUCCCACCCCCUCCCCUGGCCUAGAGCCUGAAAUGCCUGGUGCCCAGAGCAUCCCGCACCCGCAACCUCUGGGGCCCAGCUUGUGAGAGCUGGGGAAAAACGCGUCUCCACUGGGAAGCGCGGAGGGGAGGAGGGUAGGCGAACUGUCGAAUGUUGCGAAUUUAUUAAAGUUUUGACAAAAGUUA